AUGCCGCCUCGUAUCAAUCUUUUUACAACAGGCAAGGCCCUGCCUGCCUUCCGCCCCACAUCAUCCGCCAUCAGCUCGCGUUUCAGUAUCACCCGGCCUCAUGCCGCAUCGACCGUUCAAGGCUUCAACCCGGUCCAGCCACAGAGACGAUGGAACUCGACUAAAUCAGAUGAGAAGGACGAUUUGAAUAGGCCAAAGGGGCCCACGGAGGAUGCGUUGCCCCACGUCAGCGAGGAGGCGGCGCAAAUGGACAGGAUCCUGCACGGUGGGAAGUAUGAGGCUGCUGCGAGCCCGGAGUUGGAGCAGGGGACUCCCGUCGCUGAGAUCCUGCAGCGCGAUAAAGAAGCCCAGAAGCACAUGCCCAAGGUCAUGCAAGACCAGCUGAAGCGAUCGUCUGGCACCCGUUCCUUCUCGACCUUCGCACGCCGCUACCAGCCGGACCUACAGGGCCAGGAUCUGACCGAUCCCUCGGCCGCCGUUGUCGCCAAUAUGAUCAACCAAGUUAACGAGGAAGUCGCGGAGCUGCAACCGGGAUUGAAAUUCCCGGCGCCCGAGAGUCUCCCCAAGACAGAGAAUUUCCGCGAGAGAUAUGAUUCGUUGCUGGAGCAGUUUACGAAAUUGCUUAUGCGGGACGGGAAGUUGAGCCAGGCUCAGAAG